GCAAAGCCUCUAUAUAUUGGCCUGCCGGGGGCGACGCCUCCUCCAUCACCAACAGCCAGAGCAUUCGUCCACCAUAACCGGAAAACCGAGAGCUCGGCCGACAAGCACAGAUUCAUCAAGCAGCAGAGCAGGAGCUAGGUAGCCGCCAUGGCGUUCCCGGCGUGCGUGCAGUGCGGGACGAGGGAGAACCCGUGCCGGUGCAAGUUCAUCGGGCCGACGCUGGGGUUCGUGGCCUUCCUUGUCACCGGCGUCAUAGAGUGGCCGGUGGGCGCGGUGGUGUACCUGUUUCGCCACCGCAAGGGCCGCCGCAUCAUGGGACAUCCCUCCAGGGUCGUCUACCCGCGCGUCUCCAGGGCCAUCCCCAUCUAAUCCUAAGCUCAUCCUAGUCUAAUCCCUUCCUGUAUGUUGUAACCUGGUCAUUCCGUCUGAGUUGUGUGCAUGAUUGAUGAAGAAGAUUCAAUAAAAUGGGUGUUGUUUGUGUUUGUCUUGUAA